AUGGCUCCCUUCCCCGAUCCACCACAAACCACCGAUGCAUCGCACCCGUUCAGCCGCAGGCCCUCGGCGGACAUCAUCUUGCGCAGUAGCGACCUCGUCGACUUCUACACCCACACCCUCAUCCUCGCGGAAGCAUCGCCGUUUUUCUCGGACAUGUUCAGGCUCCCGCAGCCGCAAGCCAAAACUGAUCCCGUAGACGUCGCCGACCCAACCCGCGCUCUCCCCGUCAUCGACAUGUCCGAGGACGCUGAGACUCUCGACCUGCUCUUGCGACUUCUAUACCCCAUCCUGAAGCCACGUAUGGAGGAGCCGAAGCUGUUGGCGGCCGUGCUGAAAGCCGCUUCCAAGUACGACAUGGUGUGGCCCGCGGCGGUCGUAUCUGAGAGACUUCUUGCCAUCACACCCGACAAGGCGUUGCAGGUCUGGGCAGCCGCGUGCCAGGUUCGCACAGGCCUCGAGGAUGUCGCACGCCAGGCCGCGGUUGCCCUCAAGGCUUCGUGGACUCCCCAAGCGAACAAGGAUGUGUUGACUCUCCUGGAUGGUGUAGGGGACAUGACGGGAAUCUCUGCCGGGGAUUACUACCGGCUGAAGCGGUUCCUUUCAGGUGCGACGGUUCCGGCACUACUGAGCCCCCCAGCGAGCGAACCGAGCACUGUAGCUAUCAUGACGCCGAGCUCUCCCUUCUCUACCGACCUCCCAGGCGUCGAUCUCAAGUGUCAACCAACUUCUCGCCACGGACCACCCACCCCCUUCUUCGCCCACCAGAUCAUGCUGUGCAGUCACUCUUCGGUCUUGAAGAGACAAAUCCUCAGUCUCCGAAUAGCGGCAUGUUCGACGUCCUCGUCGGACCCCAUGGUGUUAGACUUUGAUGAAGAUGCGGAUGUCAUAUCCGAUUUGCUAGCAGUCUGUUACGGCGGCGAGGACGCUGUACCCUCCGACCUCACCCGCAUUGCUGGACUCCUGGGUGCUUCCCGAAAGUACGACAUGGUGGGUGUCGCGCGCUGGACUCGCCGCGCGUGGGAUGCUGCCGCCGCUCUCCGACCCUUGGAGGCGUACUUCGUCGCGCUUGAACACGGACUCAAGGAAUGUGCCGAGGCGGCUGCACGAUACGUGUUGGCAAGACCGAUCGUGGACGACUACGUCGCCACCAUGGAGAAAGCACCAGCCCUGGCCUACCAUCAGUUGUUGCAAUAUUACGACACUUGUCACCAGGUCGUCCGAGAGCGAUUGGUUCAAGCCAGCGGCCGAAUCCCAGACCACUUGUCCGCCUCGCACCUUUGCCAGCACUCUGACGGUGGCGGUAGGGGUUAUGGUGGCGGUAGGGGUUACUACUUGCAUGAACGGUUCGCCCGGGACACUGAGAUCAGCGUCACAAUUCAAGCAACGGACAUCGUGACACCCUUGAAGGACCUGGCUCACACUGCACGACCCGGGGAAGGCCUGAGGAAAGUUCUUCGUGACACCGUGAUACAAGCUGGACUGGGUCGUACUGGAGCCUUCGAUCUGCCGAAUUUUGCGGCUACCCUUGUUCAAUACGUCAGCUCUACUCCGGAUGAGAUAGAACAAGCCCUGGACGAUGUGAAGAUCAGCUUCGCACAGGACAGCAGCUGAGCGCAUUGAAUGCCCCGCAUACGCGGCCGAGCGUGAACUCGGAAUAGGGAUAAUGAUCGUGAAUCUAGCCCGACAGAUAACUCGGAGGUGCGAAGAAUAGUACCGUGUUCACCCAUCAACCAUAACCUCCAGCCGCAGCGAAGAGAUCUUCGCGUAUCUUCAUGUUGUUCGCUAUGGCAUCCAUUAUGGACUUCGGACUCUCGUCCCUCUGUAUGAGCGCUCUACUAAGUCAAUUUGU